UAUAUGUGUUGCUUCUGUCAUCUGUUUUUUAAUGGCAUUAUGGGUAAACUAACUUUUUCCUCAGAGGUGACUGACAUGGAGGAAGAGGAGGCCCCAGCUGCUCUAGUAUCUGCUGACGACAAAGAAGAAGUCAUGACAGUGAAGGGAGAGAGAGAGGAGUCUUUACUGGAGGUGGUGGAAACAACAGUGACAACGCUGACUACUGUUGUGGACACGGCGGCAAGGCUGGAGGUAGAGGAGAAGGAGGAGGUCCAAACUGACAAAUUGGUAGAGGAAGAGGAGAAGGAAGAAGAGAGGGAUAAGGAGGAAAAAGAAGCAGAGAUGGAAGGACUAGACGAGAGUGCAGAGGGAGAGGAGAGCCGAGCGAAGAAGCUGUUGGGAGCCUGGGAAUCCGAGACGUCCUCUGAUUCAAAGCCUCCACGUCCAGACCCAGCAUUUAACAGGAGGUGCAGCCUGCUCGUCAGUGAUGUGAAGUAUAAAGAGGACUUUGAAAAGAUGAGGGGUCAGAGUCUGUUUGUCCCGGGAGCCGAACUCAUCCACUCCAAGAACAUCAGCGCUGUCAUAUCUGAGUCAAAGUACAAAGAAGAGGGAAAGAAGGAGGCGUCCAUGUCUCUGUACUCCAUCCUGCCUGAAACUCCUGAGACCCAACAUGCCAGAGAGGCUUCAGAGCUGCAGAGUGAGAUUAAAUACAAAGGAAACGUGAAGACGGAGAUCUCCACCUCUCUUUAUUCUCUGCUUCCAGAAACAACAGAGACUCAAUUUGUCAAAGAGCUGACGGAGAUGCUGAGUGAGAACAAGUACAAGGAGGAAGGAAAGAAGGAGAUGAGCAGCAGUUUGUACUCUCAGCUUCCUGAAACCUCUGAGAUGCAGUUGGCAAAGGCUGUCCACGAGUUCCAGAGCGAGAAAAAGUAUAAAGAAGAAGGGAAGAGAAAGGCCUCCAUCUCCCUGUAUUCCCAACUCCCCGAAACUCCAGAAAUCCAACAUGCUAUGGAGGUGUCCCAGAUGCAGAGUGAGGUGAACUAUCGCCCUAAGCUGCUCGUUAAAGGAGCUCCGUCCUCUCUCUACUCUCAGCUGCCUGACACCACAGAGAUCCAGUUUGCCAGAGAGAUGACUGAGAUGCAGAGUGAGAGUAAAUACAAGGAAGGCGGCAGGAAGAGCCUCUCCCAAAGCUUCUACUCUCAGCUCCCCGAGACGGCCGAGAUUCAGUUCGCUAAAGGUGUUGCUGAGCUGCAGAGCCAGAUGCGGUACAAGGAAUCGGGCAAGAAGGGCGUGAACUCGUGUUUGUACUCUCUUCUGCCGGAGACUUUAGAGACGGCUCAUGCAAAGGAAGUGUCUGAGCUGCUCAGUGAGGUGAAGUAUAAAGAGGACGGCAAGAAGGAGAUGAGCAUCAACCUGUACUCUCUGCUGCCUGAAACUAUCAAUACCCAGCAUGCUAAAGAGGUGUCGAACCUGCAGAGUGAGGUGAAGUAUAGAGAAGGCCUGAAGCAGAGGAUUCAGAGCAGUUUGUACCAUCAGCUCCCAGAAACCACUGAGACACAGCUGGCCAAACAGCUGUCUGACCUGCAGAGCGAGACAAAGUAUAAAGAAGCUGGAAAGAAAGAAGUGAACACCUGCCUGUACUCUCUUCUGCCUGAAACUCUGGAGACACAACAUGCUAAAGAGGCCGGAGAGCUGCUCAGUGAGAUUAAGUACAAGGAAAGUGGGAAGAAAGAGAUGUCCAGCUCUCUUUACUCCACUCUGCCGGACACUUCAGAAACCAGCUUUGUCAGAGAGAUGACGGACAUGCUGAGCGAGACUAAGUACAAGGAGAGCGGCCUAAAGAGCCUUUCACAGAGCGUCUAUUCUCAGCUUCCAGAGACCACUGAGACUCAGUUUGCUAAAACGGUGUCUGAACUGCAGAGCGAGAUGAAGUACAAAAAAGGAAAGACAGACGUGUCCAGCUCUCUGUACUCCACUCUGCCUGAGACUCUGGAGACGCUGCACGCCAAAGAGGCUUCAGAGCUGCAGAGCGAGCUGAAGUACAAGGCGGCUCUGAAGAAAGGUGGCUCCUCCAGUCUGUUCCACGCGCUGCCUGAGACGUUAGAGACGGCCCACGCUAAAGAAGUCUCAGAGCUCCUCAGUGAGGUGAAGUAUAAAGAGGACGGUAAGAAGGAGAUGAGCAUCAACCUGUACUCUCUGCUGCCUGAAACCAUCGAAACCCAACGCGCUAAAGAGGUGUCCAACCUGCAGAGUGAGGUGAAGUAUAAAGAAGGCCUGAAGCUGAAGAGUCAGAGCAGUUUGUACCAUCAGCUCCCAGAGACCACCGAGACACAGCUGGCCAAACAGCUGUCUGACCUGCAGAGCGAGAAUAAGUACAAGGAGGCGGGUAAGAAGGAGGGGAAUAAAAGUCUGUACUCUCUGAUGCCUCUCACCAUGGAGACGCAGCACGCUAAAGAAGCUGCGGAGCUGCUCAGUGAGAUCAAAUACAAAGAAAGCGGGAAGAAGGAGAUGUCCACCUCUCUGUACUCCACUCUGUCCGACACGUCAGAGACCAGCUUUGCCAGAGAGAUGACUGACAUGCAGAGUGAGAACAAGUACAAAGAGGACGGAAAGAGAAGUCUCUCUCAGAGCUUCUACUCUCAGCUGCCGGAAACAUCCGAGACUCAGUUUGCUAAAUCUGUCUCUGAGCUGCAGAGCGAGAUGAAGUACAAAGAAGCGGGGAAGAAAGGAGUGAUGAGCUCUUUGUACUCGACUCUACCUGAGACUCUGGAAACACAACACGCCAAAGAGGCUUCACAGCUGCAGAGUCAGUUGAAGUACAAGCAGAGUUUGAAGAACGACGCCUGCAGUCUGUUCCACCUGAUGCCUGAAACCAUCGACACUCAGUUUGUCAGAGAGCAGACGGAGAUGCACAGUGAGGUCAAGUACAAAGAAGAAGGGAAGAAAGAGAUGAGCAUGAACCUGUACUCUCUGCUCCCCGACACCCUCGACAUCCAGCACGCCAAAGAGCUCACAGACAUGCAGAGUGAGGCUAAAUACAAAGAGGCGGGUAAGAAACAGGCGUCAACGUCUCUGUAUCAACAUCUACCUGAAACUCUGGAGACGCAACAUGCUAAAGAGGCUUCACAGCUGCAGAGUCAGAUUUUGUAUAAAGAAGCUGUUAAGAAGGAUUUGUCGUGUCCAGUUUACCACCAGCUGCCCGACACUCUGGAGACACAGUUUGCUCGAGAGCUCACCGACAUGCAGAGCCAAAACAAGUACAAGGAGGGCGGGAUGAGGAGCCUCUCUCAGAGCUUCUACUCUCAGCUGCCAGAAACCAUCGACACUCAGUUUGCUAAAUCUGUCUCUGAGCUGCAGAGCGAGAUAAAGUAUAAGAAGUCUGGGAGGCAGGAUGCCGGCAGCUCCUUGUACUCUGUGAUGGCUGAAACUCUGGACACUCAACACGCCAAGCAGGCCUCACAGCUACAGAGCCAGGUGAAGUACAAAGAGGACGUGCAGAAGGAGAUGUCGUCCACUCUGUUCUCCAGUCUUCCUCAGACACUUCAGACUGAGUUGGCCAAGGAAGUGACGGAGCUCCAGAGUCAGUUGAAGUAUAAGGAGGGCUGUAAGAAGGAAGCGUCCUCGUCUCUCUACCACCUCCUCCCUGAGACAGCAGACACACACUUUGCCAAACAGAUGUCGGAGAUCCAGAGCGAGGCAAAGUACAAGAAGGACAAAGAGGAUCUGCCCAACACGUUAUUCUCUCUGCUGCCUGAAACUCUGCAGACUCAGUUUGUUAAAGAGAUGGCCGAGAUGCACAGCGAGGUGAAGUACAAGCAGGCAGGGAAGCAGCAGACGGCGUCGUCUCUUUACGCCACACUUCCUGAAACUCUGGAGACCAAACACGCCAAAGAAGCAACUGAACUCCAGAGUGAAAAAAAGUACAAAGAUGAUGGAAGAAAGGAGAUGACGUCGUCUCUGUACUCUCAGCUCCCUGAAACAUCAGAGACUCAGUUUGCCCGGGAGAUGACCGAGUUACAGAGUGAGAACAAGUAUAAGGAGAGCGGGAAGAAGAGCCAGACCGUCAGUGUUUACUCUCAGCUCCAAGAAACCAACGACAUCCAGUUUGCCAAAGCUGUUUCUGAAAUACAAAGUGAGACUAAAUAUAAAGAAGCGGGGAAAAGGGAGGCGUCCAGCUGCCUUUACUCGAAGCUGCCCGAGACUCUGGACACUCUGCAUGCUAAAGAAGUUUCACAGCUGCAGAGCCAGGUGAAAUAUAAACAGGACGUUUGUAAGGAGGCGAGCGGCUCUCUGUAUCACCAGCUUCCUGAAACCACAGAGACACAGCUGGCCAAAGAGCGGCGAGACAUUUACAGCGAGGUGAAAUAUAAAGAAGACGGGAAGAAGGGGAUCAGUACCAACUUGUACUCGCUCCUCCCUGAGACCGCGGAGACGCUAUUCGCCAAGCAGAUGUCAGAAAUACAGAGCGAGGCAAAAUACAAGAAGGACAAAGAGGAUCUGCCCAACACUUUAUACUCUCUGCUGCCUGAAACUCUGCAGACUCAGUUUGUUAAAGAGAUGGCCGAGACACACAGCGAGGUGAAGUAUAAGGAAGCAGGAAAGAAAGAAGCGAGCAGCUCUCUUUACCACCAGCUGCCUGAGACUCUGGAGACGCAGCACGUUAAAGAGGUCACAGAGCUGCAGAGCCAGAACAAGUACAAGCAGAGCGGGAAGAACUUGAUGUCGUCCAGUCUUUACGCUCAGCUGCCGCAGACGGCUGAGACACAGCUCGCUGCCAAGAUGUCCGACAUACAGAGCGAGAGUAAGUACAAAGAGGACGGGAUCAGGGGCCUCUCUCAGAGCUUCUACUCUCAGCUCGCAGAAACCGCUGAGACUCAGUUAGCUAAAAGUGUCUCUGAGCUGCAGAGUCAGGCCAAGUACAAGGAGGCGAGCAGGAAGGAGGCGACCAGCUGUCUUUACCACCAGUUACCUGAAACUCUCGAGACGCUACAUGCUAAAGAGGCUACUGAGCUGCAGAGUCAGGUGAAGUACAAGGAAGGAAGUAAGAAAGAGCUGAGCACCAACCUGUACUCUGUGCUGCCCGAGACAGAAGAGAUGAAGAUCGCUAAAGCUGCCAUGGAGCUUCAGAGUGAGAAUAAAUACAAACAGAAAGGCAGACAGGAGAUCAGCAGCAGUGUUUUCCACCACAUGCCGGAGACCAAAGAGAUGGAGUUUGUAAAGCAGAUCUCUGAACUUCAGAGCGAGACAAAAUACAAGAAGGACAAAGAGGAUCUGCCCAACACGUUAUACUCUCUGCUGCCUGAAACUCUGCAGACUCAGUUUGUUAAAGAGAUGGCCGAGACACACAGCGAGAGUAAAUACAAGGAGGCGGGUAAGAAGGAGCGGGUGAACUGCCUGUACUCUCUGAUGCCUGAGACCAAAGACACUCAGCACGCCAAGGAGCAGACCCAGCUACACAGCGAGAAAGUGUACAGGGAGGAGGGUAAGAAGGAGGCCGGCUGCAGCCUGUAUGCUCAGAUGCCCCAAACCAUCGAGACCGUGUUCGCUAAAGAGCUGACCAAGACGCAGAGCGAUAAGUUCUAUAAGGAGAAGUAUAACCGUGAGAAGGGCAAGUCCAGCUACACCAACAUGAAAACACUGCCGGAGGUGGAGCACGCCAUGGAGGUCAACAGGAACCAGAGUGAGGUCGGCUACAGAAAAGGCAAAGAGGAGCUUCAUCACUACAACCCUGUGGUAGACAGACCGGACAUUGUCAACGCCAGCAACGCCGCCAAACUGGCCAGCGAUGCUGCCUAUAAGAAUAACACAAAGCUACCAGUUUACAGUGACGGUUCUCUUCUGGAUAGAACAGACAUCCAACACGCCAAAGACAUUUCAAAACUGGCCAGUCAGGUGAAGUAUAAGGAAAGUUUUGACAAAGAUUUAAAGGGCCAGCGACCCUGUUACAACCCACUGGACUGUCUCUCUUUCAAACACACACAAGCUGCUGCUGCUCUGGCCAGUCAGGUGAAGUAUAAGCUCAACCAGAACCAAAAACCUGAAGGUACCUCAGACCUGCCCAACCUCCUGCACCUUGAGCAUGUUCUGCACGCCAGCAAACUGCAGAGUAACGUGGAGUAUAAGAAGAAGUAUGAGGAGACCAAGGCUCACUACCACAUCCCUCUGGACACAGCUGAACAGCUCCACCACAAGGAGAAUGCAGUGCUGCACAGCCAGGUGAAGUACAGGGAGGAGUAUGAGAGGAACAAAGGUCGCUCUCAGAUGGAGUUUGGAGACACUCAGACCUACAAGGUGUCUAAAGAAGCUCAGAAGAUGCAGAGUGAGAGGGAGUAUCGUAGGGACUAUGUGGAGCAGAUAAAGGGGAAAGCUUUAGUUGAUGCAGACCAGACACCUGGAUACCUGACAGCCCUUCACGCCAGCAGCCUGCUCAGCGAGAAAGAGUACAGGAAAGACCUGGAGCAGGAAGUGAAGGGGCGGGGCUUAUCCGGCAUCGGGCUGGAGGAAACACCUGAGUUGCUGAGGGUCAAAAAUGCCACUCAGAUACUGAACCAGAAGGAGUAUCGCAGAGAUCUAGAGAGGGAGAUUGUGGGUAAAGGUAUGGAGCUGAGCACAGAUGUCCUGGAGAUUCAGAGAGUAAAGAGAGCGUCAGAGAUCCAGAGCCAGCGGUCGUACAAGCAGACUGAGCAGCUCAGAGAAAGCUCAUACGGGACGGUUACAGACACACCUGAACUGCUGCACGCCUCCUACCUCAAAGAUGUCUACAGCCAGAAGAAGUAUAAGGACGAGGCAGAGCGUGUGAAGGGACAGUUCAGUCUGCUCUCAGAAACCCCGGAGAUGGAGAGAGUCAAAGCCAACCAGAGACACAUCAGCUCUCUGCAGUACUGCUGGGACUCCAAGCUGAUGAGAGGCUUGUUGUCGUCAGUCACUGAGACGCCUGAGAUUGUCCUAGCCAGAGAGAACGCCAAGAAGAUCAGUGAUGUCAGCUACAGAGACGAGGUGGGCUGUGGCACCGCUGUCAGGGACACGCCUGAGAUGGAGCGAGUCCGACGCAACCAGGAGAACAUCAGCUCGGUGAAGUACAAGCAGAGCGCAGUGAAGGCCACAAGUGUCGGAGUGACUCCUGAAUUUGAGAGAGUCAGACAAAACCAGGAGAACAUCAGUUCGGUGAGGUACCAGCGCGGGCUGCAGGAAAUGAGAGGGCGGAGCUGCACCGAGCUGGACACACCUGAGUACAGGCGUGUCAGGAAAUCACAGGACUCAGUUUCCAUGGCCAAGUACCACGAGGACUUCGAGCGGGCGCGCGGUCGAGGCUGUACACCAGGAUUGGACGAUCCCAGCAUGGAACGCUACCAGAGAGCCAAUCAGAUGAUUGCGGAGGCGGGAUACAGCAAAGGAAUCCACCCCCAGGCGAUGGAAAUGGACAGACGACCUGGAGGCAUCAUCGUAGCUCCCGUCCUUCCUGGAGCAUAUCAUCAGGGCGUCCAGAUGCAGCAGCAGCAGCAGUAUCACGGCUACAUGCACCAGACCAGCAUGUCAUCAGUCAGAUCCGUCACCUCCCCGCCGCACUCGGCCACAAUGCGUGUUUACCGAGCGCUGUACGACUACGCGGCUCAGGACCAUGACGAGGUCUCAUUCAGGGACGGCGAUGUCAUCAUCAACGCUCAGGCCAUCGACGAGGGCUGGAUGUACGGCACCGUGCAGAGAACCGGCAAGUCGGGCAUGCUGCCGGCGAACUACGUGGAGUGUUGCAACUAAAUGAGGAAGAAGAAGAAGAAGAAGAAGAAGAAGAAGAAGAAGAGAGGUCAGGGAGGUGUAGAAAUGUAAAGAAUAGAAUCCUCUGUCACUGUUAGAAAAUCAGCAGCUGAUGAUGUUCUUUGUUUUUCAGGGAUCACAUAUUGUGUUUGAAAACAUGUUUGAAAACGUUUGCAGUAAAUAUGAAGAUUUUCUUUUAAAUCCAACAAGCAACAAUACUUAGCAGGAGAAUCCAUUGAAUAUGUGAAAACAAUGAGCUGAUUCUACAUCACCGGGAGCAAGGAAUAGACCAGAAUGCAUUGCAGGUUGUGGUUUUAUUAAAGGGCAGUCACAUAAACACACAAAAAAUAGUCACAGAUAUAUUUUUCUACAUAUUUGAAUCCUGCUCCUUUAGCUUUCUUUGAUCAAAGAGAGCUGUAUCCAUCUUUACAGGGGGGAAACUGAAAAGCAUCUCGGGAAAUGUAGGAAAUCGCUUACUAGAAAAUAAGAAGUCGAGGCCUUCUGAGGGUAAAUGAAUUUGAAAAUGACUGCUGGAAUAUGCAGAACAUCACAGACUGCUGAUACGAGAUGACAGAGUAUCUGAAGAUGGAGAUUUUCUUCAUGUCCAGGAAGAAAGUGAAGGAGAAGCUGAGGUAUAAAUCCAGCAUGCUGUCAAUACGUUAGAUCAAAUCUUACAAGUAGACGAGGGGACACGAGAAGAAGGAUGCAUGAAAAGACGGUUUGAGAGGAAGGACAUAUCAGUGAUUAUUUUUAAUGUCCUGAAACAAACUGAAUCAGAUAAUCAGCUUGGAUACUAAAACAAAAAAAGGUUAUCAGGAUGAGAUGUAUGAAGGUUAAGUCUGGUGAUAUUCUCUGUUUCUCUUAGUGGCAAUUUAUUUCAUGAAAACAAACCAGCACUCCCAUGCUGACAGCUCACUUCUGUUCACAUAUACGUGAUGGGCUGGAUGGAGGGGAUUUUAAAAAAAAUCAAUUUAACUCUCAAGUCUCUUGACAUCAAAUUAACACCUUUCCAAUGAGGCUCUUGUGCAUAGGAUGGGGCCAAUGUUGCCCCAUGUUACUUCAAAAAAGGCUAAUUUAAAAUAAGGAAUGAAAACAGCACCAGAGUGUAGAGACACUCUCUGCUCUGCAGCAUGUUUAAAGUGGCAUACAGUCCGUACUGUAUAUCUUCUUCGCCUGUUCCAUUGAGCUCCAUUUUUCGUCCAAGAUUAGAAACUCAUUCAAAAACCAGACUGUUGCACUGUAACAAUUUCCUGCCUUAGCUGGAGCACACUCUGUUCAUCUCACACACAGCACCCUGCUGGCCAAAAUGGGCAAAAGAGGACAAAACGUGAACUUGAUGCUGCUUAAAGUAAUCCCCAACAAAUGCAACAAAUUCUGUUUUUUUUAGAUCAAGCUAAAAGGGUAUGAUUUAAAAAGAGAUUGAGAUCUGCAGCAGGACACAUAGACUCAGAGCUCAAAGACUAAUAUUUUUUUGACAAUGAGUGACAUAUUGUUUAACACCAGACUUAUUCUUCAGGGACGGGUGAGAAGGGGAGAGGAGCUGAGGAAGAAAAUAAGGAAGGAAACAUAUUAGGAUAUGUGUCUUUAAUAGAUGGGUUUGAAAAUAGUUGUAAAGGAGGCGUGAAUUUGAGAUUUAAAAAGAAAAGAAAACUGAACAAUUCUGAUGCAAUCAAAGGACAGAGAGAGGUCAGAGUGAUGAGUGGAGGAGUUAAAGAAGUUAAUAACAAUAUUACAGGAACACGGUUUAUAAUAAUUUAUCUUGAGUUCUUUUCUUCAUGUUCAGGUUAGUGUAGUUUAGUUUUUGACUUUUGAUUUAAUCUACAGAGAGAUCACUCGGCACAGCAACACUAAGCUCCGUGUUUGUAAAGGACUGAACUAACACACUGUGUCUUUCUGUUUUUAUUUUCAACUCUAAAUAAAAGUGUUCACGUUGCGUGCUGUACACACACAAUCAGUUUUUUUGUGGACUGAAAUCUGAACAGGCUGUGUGAGAAUGGGAGCUUGAGAUUUGUGUUUGUUGCAGAGUAUUUUGAUACACAGGCUCCUGUCUAUGUUUUGGAAAGAUAUAUUUUACUCUUCUACCUGUAUGUAUCCAGUAUCUAGUGUUUGUUAGGGUUUGUUGUCUUGCUGUGUGAUCUGCAUCCCGGUCAUGUAUUAAAUAACAAAUCUUCACUAAGCCAUCAGUCAUCAUUCUAACAGAGUAUUUUAUAUGUUUGAUUUCAUUCAUAUUAAACACACAAAGAUAUAAUUUACUGAGUGUUCAUGUUUUAACUGAGGCACUUUGUCUCAUUUUAUAAACCUGUUUAUUUUCCUGCAUUGAUGAGUUUUGACUUCUAAUGGCACAAUUUGUAAAGUUUUCAGUUUAUUCUGUCACCACAGAUUUUACUAAGUUUAUUUGAAUAUUAUUUGAGAUUCUAUAUCACUUAAUCUCAGUUAUGUUUUCUUUGCCAUAUAAUUGCAGUGUGUUACCUACAUGUGGUAGAAAUAAAACCAGAAAUUUGUCAAAAUAAA